AUGGAAUUCAAAGAAGGGUUGGAAACCUUUGGUCUUGUAGACCUAUUGAGGAUCCACCAUGAGGCGCUCGAAUGGGUGUUCAGGGAUACAUUUGAGCCGCUGCUUGCCUCACAGUUGGAAGCAACAUUCAAGCCCUCCAACCUGUCUGAGCCGGGCUCCAAUCGGAGGAGGCAUACCUAUGGAGAUACGAGUCUCACUCUGGGGGCGGUUUUGGCGUUUGCCACAGGCCUCGAUAGGAUACCUACUGUGGGUUUUCCCACCCAACCCCUGCUGGAAUUCCUCCAUGAGGACGGACCGGCCCUAUUUCCAACAGCAAAUACCUGUUCACUGGUCCUCAGGCUACCAGUGUGACCUUUUCACAGAGCAGUCUACCACCGGGGACUGCUCUGUGAAAAGGUCAAGUCUCUCGGUCGAUAGGUAGCUGUGUGGGGGGCCGUAAUAAAGCCACCCAUUCAAUUCAAUUCAAUUCAAAGUGUUUAUUGUCAUAUGCACAAAUGAGAUGUUCUCAGUUGUGCAAUGAAAUUCUUCCUUUGUUUCCACAGACAGAAUGCCAAGAUUUUUUACAAGAUAGAUGGUUAGGAGAAAUAAUACAUUUAAGUUAAAAUAAAUAAAUAAAUAAAACGGAUUGGUGCAAAUCCAAGAAAGCCAAAGUGCGUGAGCAAAAUGUAAACAGCUGCGGCAGUCCUGAGGUAGAAUACUCCUCAACAACAGACUCCUAUCUGUUGUUAAGGAGUCUGAGGGCAGUGGGGAAGAAAGAGUUCUUUAGUCUUGAUGUUUUGGACUUCAUACUUCUGUACCUCCGUCCUGAGGGUAGAAGGGUAAACAGACCAUGCUGGGGGUGGGUGGGGUCCUUGAGUAUGGAGGCAGCUCUUCUGUGGACUGCGGUGGUAGAUGCUCUGCAGAGAGGGAAGUGGGGUUCUGAUGAUCUUCUCUGCAGUCGGAAGUGCUGCCGUACCAGACGGUUAUACAGCCGGUCAAGAUGCUCUCAACAAUGCAACUGUAGAAGUUUCUGAGGAUCUCAGGCGACAUGCCAAACUUCCUCAGCCUCCUCAGGAAGGACAGCCGCUGUUGGGAUUUCUUAACCAGCUGUGUGGUGUUGAGUGUCCAAGUGAGGUCGUCGCUGAUGUGGACGCAGAGGUACUUGAAGCUGCUCACCCUCUCUACUUCAAGCUCCCCGAUGAACAGUGGCCGUCUGGCCGAUGAGGACUCCUUUUCUUCCUCAAGUCCACUAUCAUCUCCUUGGUCUUGUCCUUGUUGAGGGUGAGGUUAUUGUCCUCAAACCAUGACACCAGACUGGCCAACUCCCUCCUGUAGGCCGCUUCGUCCCCGCCCGUGAUGCGUCCUAUCACUGCGGUGUCGUCCGCAAACUUCAGGAUGGUGUUGUCUAUGUGAGGCGACACAGUCAUGAGUGAACAGGGUGUAGAGGAUGGGGCUGAGCACGCAGCCCUGUGGCGUGCCAAUGUUUGUGAUGAUGCUGGCUGAAGUCCUAUUUCCAAUCCUGACAGAUUGGGGCCUGCCAGUCAGAAAGUCCUGCAGCCAGUCACAGAUGGUGGUGUGCAGACCUAAUGUAGUCUGUUUGUCGGUGAGUUUGUGGGGGAUGACUGUAUUGAAGGCGGAGCUGUAAUCCAGAAAGAGAGUCCUGUGAUGGAAAAUCUACAUGUUGUAUUGUUUUGGUCUAUAUGAAUUUAAGUUUUGUUGCUAUUCUGUGUAAUUUAAGAUAGGGCCUACGUUCUACUCCAUGCGGGUUAUUAAAGUGUGAACGUUCGAGAGUCGUGUGAUGCAUUUUAUUGCCUGCCUGUUCCUAUCUUUUCGUGUGUCAUCUCCCAAGCAAUGCUUUGAAGUAUGGGCCUU